GAUAAGAAAGAGGAGGGAGACACAGCAGAGAGAAAGAGGAGAGAGGAGAAGCAGGACUGACAUUAGAGAGAGAGAGAGUGAACAGAGGAGGGGGAGGAUGAUGCUGCAGCCGAGCAUCUCUGCCUGACUUCUGCUGGAGUUUGGAGCUGGACAUGACUGAGUUGGAGCAUCCAAGUGUCUGAGCAUCUCCAGUUUGUGCACGUGAGAGAGAGAGAGAGUGUGUGUGUUUGUGUGUGUGUGUGUUGAUGUGUGUGUGAAGCCAUGGCAAGCGCUCAGCCGGGGGUCCAUGCAUUGAAACUCCAGACCUCCUCUGUCUCUCACACACUGAGGAACGGAAGCAACUUCAUUAAAUGGGACGAGGAUCUGUCCACGGUUACUCCGGUGACUCUGCACGUGGAUCCUCAUGGAUUCUACCUCUACUGGACGGACCAAACCAAGGACACGGAGCUUCUGGACCUGACCCUCGUAAAAGAUGUCAGAACGGGUCGAAGCACCAAAACACCCAAGGAGGCCAAGCUGCGGGAGCUGCUGGAUGUGGGAAACCUGGUUGGCCGUCUGGAGAACCGCAUGGUUACCGUGGUUACGGCUUCAGACCUUGUAAACGUCAACCAGCUCAACUUCAUCGCUUCGCAGGAGGACGAGGCCAAGGUAUGGUGCGAGGAGCUGUUUUCUCUGUCUUCCAAUCUGCUCAGCCACAAUCUGAAUAGAGACCGCAGUCUGCUGAAAGCGUACGUCAGGUUGACUCUCCAGCCCAACGCAGAGGGGAGAAUUCCUAUCAAGAGCAUCGUGCGACUGUUUUCAUCAGACAGAAAGAAAGUGGAGAACGCCUUGGAGAACUGCCGACUGCCCUGCGGACGGGGGGAAAGCAUCAAACUGGAGGACUUCACAUUCGAGGUCUACAGGAGUUUUCUGGACAGUUUGUGUCCUCGUCCUGAACUCGGCAACAUCUUCAAACUGCAAGGGGGGGAUGACGGCAGUUUGUCCGUCGAUCAGAUGACAGACUUCAUCAACAACAAGCAAAGAGACCCGAGGCUGAACGAGAUCCUCUACCCCCCGCUCCGUCCUGCGCAGACACACACUGUGAUGGAGAGGUACCAACAAGACCAGGCUCAGCUGAAACAAGGUGUGAUUUCUCUGCAGGCCUUCUCCAGUUAUCUGUCCUGCGAUGACAACGGAGUCAUUCCACCAGAGAAACUGGAUCAGUCUGAAGACAUGAGCUUCCCCCUGUCGCACUACUUCAUCAACUCGUCGCACAACACAUACCUGACAGCGGGCCAGCUGGCGGGCAGCUCCUCCGUGGAGAUGUACAGGCAGGUCCUCCUGGCCGGCUGCCGCUGCGUGGAGCUGGACGUGUGGAAGGGACGAACCGCUGAGGAGGAGCCGGUCAUCACACACGGGUUCACCAUGACGUCAGAAAUCCCUUUUAAGGAGGUGAUAGAAGCCAUCGCAGAGUGCGCCUUCAAGACGUCACCUUUCCCCGUCAUCCUCUCCUUUGAAAACCACGUUGACUCUUUGAAGCAGCAGGCCAAGAUGGCUGAGUACUGUCGGUCCAUCUUCGGAGACAGGCUGUUGAUCGACCCUCUGGACAAGUACCCUCUGGAGUCUGGCCUCCCUCUGCCCAGUCCUCAGGAGCUCAUGGGAAAAAUUCUCAUCAAAAACAAGAAAUCGCACAAACCCCCCAACAACACGGACACCAAGAGACUGACGGACCAACCUGCCAAUCAGAGCAUCGAGCCUGCGUCUCCUAGCAACAACACGGGAGAGAUGGAGGCUGAGAGUGAGGAAGACGAUGAUGACGAAGAUGAUGAGGGUAAAAAGGGCUCAGCAGAGCGCGAGGCAGUGGCCACGGAGGAAAUGUCAACUCUGGUAAACUAUGUCCAGCCGACCAAGUUCAACUCCUUCGAAGCAUCCAAGAAGGCAGCCCGCUGUUACCACAUGUCGUCUUUUGUGGAGACCAAAGCUUUGGAGCAUCUCACAAAGUCACCAGUGGAGUUUGUGGAAUAUAAUAAAUCGCAGCUCAGUCGCAUUUACCCCAAAGGAACCAGAGUGGACUCGUCCAACUUUAUGCCUCAGCUCUUCUGGAACGCUGGAUGUCAACUGGUGGCGCUCAACUACCAAACCAUCGAUUUGUCCACGCAGCUGAACCUCUUCAUGUUCGAGUACAACGGGCGCAGCGGCUACAGACUGAAGCCGGAGUUCAUGAGACGGCCGGACAAACACUUUGACCCCUUCACAGAAAACACGGUGGACGGCAUCGUGGCCAACACGCUCUCUGUGAAGGUGAUCUCAGGCCAGUUCCUGACGGAGCGGCGGGUGGGUGUGUACGUGGAGGUGGAGAUGUUCGGACUUCCCGCCGACACCAGGAGGAAGGCGCUGAAGACCAAAACCUCCCAGAACAACAACGCCAUCAACCCGGUGUGGGACGAGGAGCCGAUCGUCUUCAAGAAGGUGAUUCUUCCCACUCUGGCCUCGCUGAGAAUCGCUGCUUUUGAGGAGGGAGGAAAGUUUAUCGGUCAUCGGAUUAUUCCAGCGUCGGCGAUUAGACCAGGUUAUCGUUACAUCGGCUUGAGGAACGAGAAGAGUCAGUCUCUGAUUCUACCGGCUGUGUUCGUCUACAUCGAAGUCAAAGACUACGUCCCAGACACUUUUGCAGAUGUGAUCGAGGCUCUGUCCAACCCCAUCCGAUACGUCAACCUCCUGGAGCAGAGGUCCAAGCAGCUGGCGGCUCUGACGCUGGAGGACGAGGAGGAGGACACACAGACCGAGGACGAAGCUGACGCCUGCACCGAGCGAAAAAACGAUUUGAAAUCAGCUCCACUGGAAAAUGGACUCAGCCCCGCCUCUGGUCCUGCUGGACACACCCCCGUUGCCAUGACGCCCAAAGCUUCCUCAGCACAUCAGCAAGCAGCUACUUCGGAUGCAGCAAAACCAGCAGCCAAGAGUGAAGACCUGGUUUCCAGUGUUUUGAUAGACGUCCCAGUGUGCACCGUCGACAGUCUGCAGCAGUCCAAAGUUUAUCAGAAGGAGCAGAGACGUCAGUUUAAAGAGCUGAAGGAGUUGGUGAGGAGACACCAGAAGAAAACGUCCGAGCUGCUGCGAGAGUUCAACAACAAGUACAAGAAAACAGCCCGACAGUGCAGCAAGAGCCGGGGUUCGGGUUCGGACAGCGAGAAAGACGAGCGUCUGCAGCAGCUGAGAGACGAGCAGCAGCAGCAGCUUCUGGCUCUGAGGCAGGAACAGUACUACAGUCAGAAGUACCUGCAGAGGGAACACAUCAAAACGCUGACGGAGCGACUCAGCAGUUUGGCCGAGGAGAGUCACAACGGCCAGAUGAAGAAACUCAAAGACAUCUGUGACAAGGAGAAAAAGGAGCUGAAGCGACAGAUGGAUCGAAGGAGAACAGAGAAGAUCAACCAGGCGAAGACCAAAGAGAAACAUCUGGCCGAGGAGGAGAAGAUGGAGAUCAAUAAGUCCUACGUCAAUGAAGUCGUCCAGAACAUAAAGCGGCUGGAGGAGACUCAGACCAAGCGUCACGAUCAGCUGGUGGAGCAACACAACGAGCUGCUGCAGGAGAUUCAAGACCUCAAACCCAAGCUGCAGGGCAACGUGGAGUCGGAGUUCCAGGAGAAGUUCCAGCGUUUGCCGGGAGAGAUUCGAGACUUCCUGCAGGACAGGAAGACGGAGGUCAGAGGUCACAGCAAGUCCCGGCCGUCGACCCCUCACGAAGGUCUGUCAGAGGAGGACUGAAGAGGAGGGAGGGAACGUGAGGAGUGGAUGACCAGAGGGAGGGAGGGAGGAAACAGAAGAGGAGGAAUCCAGAUGAAAAAGACUGUUACUUUUCUUUUUCAUGGAAGAAUGCUUCGACGUUAUUUUAUUUCCAUCCUCGCAUGCACUCGGUCUGCUUCUAAUCAGAAUCCAUUUAGUCUUAUUUUGAUAGACAACUGAAAUCCAAUGGUUUGUACUGCAUGACAACCAUAUCUAUCUAUCUAUCUAUCUAUCUAUCUAUCUAUCUAUCUAUUUAUCUAUCUAUCUAUCUAUCUAUCUAUCUAUCUAUCUAUCUAUCUAUCUAUCUAUCUAUCUAU